AAUUCCGUCAUCACCGUCGACGGAGAUUUUGAGUUUUCACUCGCAGUGUGAUCGUCUCCGUCCGAUCUUCACGUUGCUUGUGAUUCCGUCAUCUCUCCGUUAUCUCUCCUUUUCAGAUCACACACAUCAGUAGCUCAUAUUUCUGAAUCGAGAUCUUAAAUUUCGAUUCGUUAGGGUUUAAUCUGCCAUACGAUCUCAACAAUGGCGCAUUGGAGAUCGAAAUUGUUGUUCGUGAUCUAUCUAUCGAUAUUACUGGUUGCUAAUGCUGCGAAAAGUUAUUAUGACAUACUUCAAGUUCCUAAAGGUGCAUCGGACGAUCAGAUUAAACGAUCGUAUAGAAAGCUCGCGUUGAAGUAUCAUCCUGAUAAGAAUCAAGGAAAUGAAGAUGCUAACAAAAAGUUUGCAGAAAUUAACAAUGCUUAUGAAGUGUUGUCAGAUAGUGAGAAGAGGAGUAUUUACGACCGGUAUGGUGAAGAAGGGCUCAAACAGCAUGCUGCUGGUGGUGGAGGAGGCGGUGGAAUGGAUAUUCAGGAUAUAUUUAAAUCGUUUUUUGGUGGUGGCGGAGACCAAGAGGAGGAGGAGCGGGUGGCAAAAGGUGACGAUGUAAUUGUUGACUUGGAUGCAACUUUGGAGGAUCUGUACAUGGGGGGUACAUUAAAGGUUUGGAGGGAGAAGAACAUUCUAAAACCUGCUCCAGGAAAAAGACGCUGCAACUGUCGGAACGAGGUUUAUCACAGACAGAUUGGUCCUGGGAUGUUCCAACAGAUGACAGAGCAGGUCUGUGACCAAUGCCCUAACGUUAAAUAUGAAAGGGAAGGGAACUUUAUCACUGUGGAUAUUGAGAAAGGAAUGCAAGAUGGACAAGAAGUGGUCUUUUAUGAAGAAGGUGAACCAAUUAUAGACGGUGAACCUGGAGAUUUGAAGUUCCGCAUUCGCACUGCACCACAUGACAGGUUUAGGAGAGAAGGCAAUAACCUUCAUGCAACUGCCACAAUUACUUUGGCUCAAGCACUUGUUGGGUUCGAGAAGACCAUUACACACCUUGAUGAUCAUCAAGUGAACAUUGGCUCAAAGGGAAUUACAAAACCGAAGGAGGUGAAGAAGUUCAAAGGUGAAGGGAUGCCAUUGCAUUUUAGCAAUAAGAAGGGUGAUUUGUAUGUCACUUUUGAAGUUCUUUUCCCAACAUCAUUAACAGAUGAACAGAAGGAAAAGAUCAAAGAAAUUCUUGGUUAGCGGUAGCAGUAUAAUUAAUAUAUUCAGUUGUAAAAUCAAAGGCUCCUAUAGAUCUUCUUUAUUUGGCAAAACUAGUCCCUGUACUUUUUUCUGUAAGCACCUGUCCCGGAAUUUUGAAAUGUUUUGCAAACUAGGUAAUAUGCCGAAUUAACACAUUUAUUUAGCUGAGUUGAAAGAAAAACGUUUAUCAACGUCCCACUUAAGUCA